UUUUCAUUUUGUAGAGUGUACUGCUGUGUCGUGAUUUAGGAAUUAGUUUGUGAUAAAUUAGGAAAAACAUGUUUAUUUCAUAUUAUAAAACUUAAAUUAUAUUUGCCUUGAGCAAAUAUUGAUAUACAAGACGGUAUGAAGUACAUACUGCAUUCAAUUUUGCUUUGCAAGCUACGAACGAGUAAACAAUGCUGAGACAAACCCUGGAAAUCUAUAGCUGGAAGAGAAAGUGUCUCAAAUAAUAAAUAACGGGUCGAUAUGAAUAUGUCUGUCUCGGAUUUAUCUGUGGGAUGUCGAUUCGCGGAUUAUUUUCUAAUAUGUGGCCUGGACUUUGAUUCAGGACUAGAAGCAGAUAGGCUUAGUGGUGAUAACUUACAUGUAUCUCCACUUGACCGUUCGUAUAAAGGGAAGGUUUUAGCUCAUUACCCUGACAAUGUGCACAGCAACCCCUUUGAUGAACAUGCAGUUUUAUUGCUCUGUCUCCCUGCCGGUCUUCAAUUUAGAACCCAAAAACAUAUACUAGAACCAAAAUUCCACAGUUUUGUAGUGACUAGAGAAAAUGCAUCUCGAUAUUAUGGAUACAGCCUUAUAUUCUAUGAAGAAGUUAGAAAUAGGAACAUUUGUAGUGCUAUGCACACACUACAGGCUAUGUAUAUCACAGAACUCUCCAGUGGACAAACCCCUCCUGGCCACCGGAAGGGAUCUGGAAAGGAGAGCUCUCGUUCAUUGCCCAGAUCUUUUAAACUGGCUCCACACGCAGGGGCGGCUCUUACAUAUUAUGAUAUAACCAAAGAUAAACUCUAUGUAGCCAAAAGUAUAGCACUUAUAUGCCAAUACCCUUAUGUUAGGGUAGCACAAUUAUUCUUAGAAAAUUUAUUUAGGUCUUUGCCCAGACAACCCGGUCCAGGUCUCAGUCCAGAGUCCUAUGUGUACAAUCUUUUGUAUGAAGUUCCAGUGCCAUUGCCCGGCCAAGCUUUACGUCUCUAUGUACCGCCAUCUGAGCCACAUCUUGAUCCUAUUCCUGUUGUGAUAAGAAUGCCAAAUCCUCCUGAGGAGUUACCUCUGUUAGAUUAUCCUCUACGCGUGAUGUUUUCUAUUUUAGGCGUGGAGUGUGUAGUGCAAUUGUUUACUUGUGUGCUACUAGAGCAUCAGGUUCUUUUGCGAUCUAGUGAUUUUAAUAAACUAAUGUUAGUUGCUGAAUGCAUAGUAUCUCUCUUGCUUCCGUUCUCGUGGGCACAUGUGUACGUGCCUAUUUUGCCGGCGCCUCUCUACCACUUCUUGGAUGCACCUGUCCCGUUUGUUAUGGGUCUUCACGCAGACAGCGCGGCGAUCACAAUCGGGAGCAAUGGUCCAAGGAAUAUUGCUUUAGGUUCAGAAGCUGCACUGUGCUUGGUAGAUAUAGACAAACCAGAUAUACAACUUCCUGAGGAAUUGCCAAUACUACCGCAUAGGACACCGUUUAUUGAGGAACUGAAUCAUGUAUUAGAUAAGCAUCAGAUCCAAAGACCAGAAACAGAGCCAACAAAACUGGGGGCCGCAUUGAACGGGUCCUCAUAUAAACAUAACAACGUGGGCGACGGAAUGAGUAGCAGUUGUACAUUGCCCUCAGGCGGUCUCCGUCGCAAGCACUCGUUCCACGACGUGUUAGAGUGGGACGAGAGUCGCCCGCUCAACGCGUCCCCGCCCGGCUCCCCGCGCCGCGCCCCUCGCCGCCUCGACGCGUUGCAGCGCAUCGUGGACAUUGUGAAGCGCACAGGAGUGAACAUAGACGAUGUAGAUGCCGACACAGUGAUGCCAACAGCAAAAAAGAAAGUGCUCAACGACGAGGAGCAAUACAACGAGGACAUUCGCUUCAACAUUGCCAUACGAGAAACAUUCCUCAACAGAUUCGUUCAUAUGUUCCUCAUGUAUGAAAAUUUUGUCAUUAUGCCGGACCAGGACCGUGAUUCUUGGUUAUCCUCGCGCGAGUCAAUGGUGAACUUCGACAAAGCGUCCUUUCUAUCGGACCAGCCGCAGAGGCACCGGCCGUUCCUUUCGCGGUUCCUCGAGACGCAGAUGUUCGCGACGCUCAUAGACAACAAGAUAAUGGCCAACUGGGGCGAAUAUGACGCUAACCUCCAGGUUUUUGAACACAGGAUCAGAGCUGUUAGAGGCCGGUUGGGUGAAGGGGGGCUGGCGACGCGCGUAUACAGCGUGUGGGCGGGGGGAGCGCCGGGUCCAGGGGGUAUAUGGGCCGCCUGCGAGGUGGAGGUGGGCGCGCCAGGGGAGAGACUGCCCCACAGAGCGGCGUACUACCGCGCCUUCCCCGCGCGUCUCGACGCCACCGCGCUCGCGCCUCCCCCACCCUCAGACCGCAGAACUAAUAGCUUGAAGCGUAUAAAGAACGCCAAGUGGCAAGUGAAAGACUGUCCGCCGGAGUUAUUGCUUGGCGAUAUCGGUAGGCGACUGUCGACCGAGGUCACUCCAGCAGCUAUAGCUCAGAACAACAGGGCCUUUGUCGAGAAACUGCUAAAGGAAUGCAAAAGCAAAACCAAGAGAAUGCUGCUCGAGAAAAUGGGUACAGAAGAGACCGACUUGGGUCUAGGAUGUGAGGUGUCUAUAACUGGAGUAGAAGAAAGCACAAUGAUCGCGUCCCUUUGCGAUCUUCUAGAACGUCUGUGGUCACAUGGCCUUCAACACAAGAUGGGAAAAUCUGCUCUAUGGAUGCAUCUAACGAAUUACCAAGAGUUGGAACAGUGUAGCAACUCUACUAAGCCUAUCGACCCUAAUUACCUUACUCCUGCACUGGCUUGGUGUGUUUUACGUAAACGUUUGGAUUAUUUAUCCUCCGUGGGGGCUGAGGUCGAGAGUCAACAAAGUACAAGCUCAAGUAGAUCCCGAGAUAGUUCCCGAGGCGGGUCCCGGGAUAGUUCGCGCGACCGUCUCAGCAACUCCGGGACAUUGGAGCGAAAGUCAUCGCAACCACCGAAUCCGCUGCGACCUCUACCGGAAAACCUUACCUUUGAUAUGAGGAACGUCCAAGCAAUGACCGAUAUAAAAACAGAAAUCGGUUACGCCCGCGCGUGGGUCAGACUGUCGCUAGAAAAGAAGUUAUUAUCGAAACAUCUACGAGAAUUAUUGUCAGAUACGACCUUACUACGCUCCCAGUACAAAAGGACGGCAUUUCUGCGCUGCGAAGAGGAGAGGGAGCAAUUUCUUUACCAUUUAUUGACUUUAAACGCUGUCGACUAUCAUUGCUUUACCAACACGUAUCCCACUACCAAAUUGCCAUAUCGCGUAUUAAUUGUCCCGUCUCGUAAAGCGAGCCAAACUACCGCCAACUGCUGGCUAUCGAUAUCCGGAGCCAAUGGUGAAUCGACGCCCAAAAUACCCAUUCCGAGAAACACGAAUGAGUUCGUAUUUCAUCACAAAAACUUGGGCGUCUUGUCUACAUUGCGCAUUGGUCACGACAAUUCCGGUCUAUCGCCUCGUUGGCUUUUGGAUCAGGUUUAUGUACGAAAUGAAGUCACUGGACAUACUUAUACUUUCCCGUGCAACCGCUGGCUCGGCACAGGCGUGGACGACGGCUCGACCGAGCGCGUGGUGGUGGCGGCGCGCACUCGCGACCGCUCGCCGCGCACGCCGGCGCCCGCGCAGCAAGCGCUGUCGCCCACGACGCACCUCUCCACCUCUACUAUACAACAUAUGAUAGGUGAUUGCGUCAACGCAAUAGUAAAAUGGCACUAUCAAUCGAAACGCGAAAAAGAUGCAAACUCCUUGAGUGUGUUACUUUGCGGGGAGAAUGGCUUGGUGAAGUGUCUGGAGCAAGCGUUCUUGUGCGGUUUUAAGUCGGCUCGCUUGUUUGGAAAGAAUUUAUUCAUUUGGGACUAUUUUGCGCGAGUAAAAGAUGAAUUCAAGAUGAGUCUGUGCGACGAAUCGGCGACGCAAUCGAACAAGGGUUGCGGUGUCGCAUACAACUGCCGGCAGGACCAGGAGCACAGGGCUAUAUGGAGGUGCUACUGUCACCUCAUGGACGAGAUUGGUUCCGUGGGCCGAUCGCUAGGCAAGGACGGAAAGUUUCAACUCUUCAUUUGCCUCAGUCUUAGAGAACACUGGCUGCAUAGAAUGCUGGUGCCGAUGUCAUUAACACGUGUGACCAUAGAGAUGUAUGAAGAACAGAGUUUCCUGCGCAAACGAGGUCUCCUUACUUUCCUCAGACAAAUACUCGAACCGUUGGACGAAUUCGAUAUAGUUUUAGAGAACUCUCUCACUCAAGGUAUUUAAUUGGUUUAACUGUCAAAUACUUUAUAUUUUCGUACUUGAGAUUUCGGGAUUUAUUUAUGAAUUAAUUGGUGAAUAGAUUUUAUGCCUUGAAUAGUUCGAUAUGAAGGAAAAAUUAAUGAUUAAUUUAAUAUUUUUGACCAGAUACAUAUAGUAAAUGUAGAUAUCAAUACUUGAGAGGAAUAAAAUACUCAAUAGAUAUUAAAAUACUUUUACAUUUUACUAAGAGAUUAUUUUCCAGUCUUAUGAAUUUAUUUUUAUACUUAUGAAUAAUUUUUUGAACGUUUUUUUUAGUUUAAGUUUUAUGUUUGUGGUUGUUACUGUUUUACUUGCCAGUUGAUUCCAAAGAUGUUGUUAUUUAAAAACGCACACUGACCUUUGUAAGUUUACUUUGUAUGUAAGUUUUUUUAUGUUUUUAUGUAAGUUACUCAUAACUAUACUUUGGUAUAUCGUUCGUUACUAAGCUAAGAAUAAUUUUGCUAUAUUUCAAUAUUUUUCGCUAUUAAAAACAGCCCUGAACUAUAAAUUUAGAUAAUUUUGCUCGUUUUCGAUUGUAGAACUACAGCACAGAUCAAUUAGUAAGUCAAUAUCAUUAUUAUAAAUGUCUGUCUAUGUAUGUUAGGCUAAUUCACUAUUGCUCUCUGUUUGUGGUCUCUCAGAUAAAUAAAUCGCACAAUAUAUUUUUUUUUAUUAGAGGCGAUAAAUAUUUGCUUAAUUAGAAAUAAAAAUUAUUUUUAAUGCGGAAUCAUAUUAUUUUUAUUCGUCGAAAAACUUAAAAGUUAAAUAUUUUUCAAAUAAAAUUAACAAUAUAUAAAUUCUAUAAUAAUUAUUAUGUAGUUUGGAGACAAAUACAAUAACUAUAAAAGUAAUAGUAGCUAGUAUGUAACCAUUUAAAUUUUUAAACAUUUAAAUUUUCAGUUUUUUAAAUAUUUUGAGGCAUAAUUUUAUAAUAUUCUGAACGUUACGAGAAAUAAUAAAAUAGUUAAGAUAUUUCAUGUGAAUCAAAGGAGACAGUCCUUAUAAUGCGAAGAAAAGAAAAAAAAUGUAUGAAGAAUACAUACAUACAGCGGAACAUUUGACGUCCUUCUUUUAGGAAGUCUGUUUUGAAAUUUUGGUUUCCUUAUCUCUUCAUAGUUUAAUGUAGCAAUUGUCGUAUAUAACAAUUCAAACAUUAGAGUGGACGAAAUGGGGAUCUUAUUUGAAAUAUACCUCGCCAACGUACAUUAUACAGGGUGCUCGGGAGUAUUUCCCAUAACUCAAGAGUAAUAUUCUUUAAGGAAAAAUCAAUUAAAAAUGUCUAAGGAACGUGUGAUCUAAAAUGAAUAAUUACGAAAUAAAAAAUAUUUCUUUUGUAAACAGAUCUUAGACUGUGACCCUUAUAUAAUUAUUAUCCUUAUAUUAUGACCUAGCCAAACAACAUUGAUAACUAUCAUGAAGCAGCUUACUAGUGAAGUGCGGAAUGCCAGUUGCAAUAUAUCUCGUCGAUAUAGACCGUCUUUACGAUUAUUUUAAAAUGCAAGAAUAGAUAAAGGCGUGUGAUACACGGAUAGUCGGAAUUAUUAGAAUUACUUUGUAUGAAAACACAUUUUUUUUUUGUUUUAGUUAAAUAAAAUUAAUUAUUCAGUUCGGCUCCUAUAAAUGGACUUGUCUAUAUGAAAACACAAAAAUAUAUUUUUUAGUUAAAAAAAAUUUGUUAUGCAGUUCGGCUCCUAUAACUGGACUUGUCAACACCUUGAAGUUAUGGUAAAUACUCCCGCGCACCCUGUAUAAACCAUUUUGGACUAGCUCCUUUGUGAACAUGUAAGAUGUGUUCAAUUAAGGCCAAUUCGCGGCUAUUAAUAUUAAACACUAUAAUAUGGAAUCUCGUAAUACUAUAAAUUAGUAAAUACUCUGUAUCAACUCAUACACUAAAAAAAUAUAUAUUAUAAUUAAAAAAAAUCAUCAUGUAUGUAUUAAAUGUAUGCAAUAUCUGUACUAAAGUAAUGGAUACUAAAUGCAAUAAUUCCAUAUGAAUUUAUAGCUGACUGAGCAGUCUAUAUUCAGUUUUAUGCAUACUCACUAUAGCUUGGCAAUUGAUUCUCCCGUGGUAUGCGGGCGACGGGGGACAAAGGAGUGCGCGGGUGUGAAAUCGUGCACGCAAGACAGAGGCUGGAAGUGAGGUGCAUAAGUCGUGCCAGUCAUAUUCGAAAAUUAGGCCAACGAUCUGCCAAAUUAUUGGUUGUUAUGGCAAUCAAACAACUCAUUUGAUAUCAAUAUUAUAAUAACAGAUUUAUUAUUUAAUAUUUAAUGGUAUUUUUUUAAAUUUUAAUUUAUUUGUCUCGUUUUAGGCUUUCGGUUCCUACAAAUGAAACUUUUUAUUCCUCCAAUGAUUAUUAUUAUAUUAUAAUAUUAAAUGAAAUUGGUAUUAACCUAUGAUACACAUACUUAUAUAUUAUAAUAUUAAGUUAUGUUUAAUAUAUUCAUAUAUAUCUGAUGAUAACUUAAUAUGUUGUGUCACGGUCUUUUGCUGUCACCGCUACCCGUCCCCCGGCCCCCGCGGACCAUCGAAAGUGUUACGAACGAAUUUGCCAAGCUAUAACCUCUAACUGCACUCUGACAUGGCCAGUUCUCAGAAUUUGAAUGCAGUUAUAUAAUAGCAUCUUUAAGACGUUUCGGAACAUCGUGCGUUAGAGCGGGAGGGAGGGAGGCACAUGAUGCGUUGCGGCGCCAGAUUUCAUCGUAUCAGCGGGCACACGAACGAUGCGGCGCCGCAACGUUGUUAUACCGUAGCAGCGUUGGACAGUCUGUUAAUAAAGUAAUGUUGUGACACAUAGACAACUGAGCGGUGCCGCUCCAACGUCGCGACGCAUUCACCUCUCCCCGCCUGGUCUCGGUGGUUGCGAGUCGGGUGCCGGAGCGCAUCGUGUGACAUGCCACAGAUAUUUCUAUGUAAGACGACGCAGCGAAACCGCUAAGGUGUUGUACCGCCGCCGCAACGCAUCGUGUGCCUUCGCUCUUAGGCUGCGCAAUACAACAUUUUAGAUGUCAGCGGUAACAUAAGGGGGUGGCGGCAGGGCAUCACCCCGCACGCUUCGCUUCCACCCGCUGUCGCCUCACGCGUUUUGACUUUACGACCUGCGUAGCGACAUCCGCAGCUGAUUUCCGAAACGUCAUAAAGAUUGCAUCUAUUUCUACUGCAUGUAAGUUGAAUUAUACAACUGUUUAUGUGUUUAUUAAAACAAUAAUGAAUGAAUUGACGAUAACUUUAGAUAAAAUAUAAUGUGUACCAAAUAUCGAUUUUACAUUUAUAAUUAAUAUACAUUUUAAGCAUAGAUAUAUGUAUAUAUUCUAGAGCUAUGUGACAAACUCAUUAAUUUUAGUACUGUAAGUAGGGCGUGCUCGGAAGAAAAUUCUCGUGAAUUUGCCAUUUGUCUAUAGUAGUUUCUUUUUUUGUUGUUAUAUUAGGAAUGCCUACUCUUAAUAAUUUGCUUAUAUAUUGUCGCAUCAUAUCUCACUAUCCAUAAAUAUCUACUAUUCUUUUUAUCUGAUAUUUUAACAUACAAUAGCGUUUUACUUUUAAGUUCACAAAAACUUUUAAAUGCACAUAUUUAAAAUAUGAUCUCCUUAACGAAUUUUUUUUUUUAGAUUUCUAUUAAGUUAUUCAUUUUAUCAUUUAGUCACAGAUUAAUCAAUAAUAUACAGAUGGAGCGUACGGAACACGACGGUGUUGUAGCCGCUCCAAAUACGAAAUUCAAAAAAGUAAUACAUUCUCGAGUCAGGAGUCAGUACGACACGAACCUUCGCAUCAGUAACUUUCAAUAUUAUUCAAGAAAAAUGGCGUCUUAUGUUUUUAAAUAUUUUAAAAACUGUUCACAAAAGCUAAAGAAAUAAAGUAAGAUGCAGUUUUUUAUUGGCUUCAGUACGUUGCUUGUAAAGACUCGCUCUGGUUACUUUGUGCAUUUAGUAUUGUCGCGAACUUACUUGAGCAUUGGUGUGUUGAACUGCUGUGCAAUCGUUUUACAUUCUGUGACCAGUCCUGCGAGUGAAACUAUAAAAAAUUUCACUUAUUUAUUAGUUCUUGUUCAGACAUUCGUAAUUUGUGCAACCACGAAUGUUUUAUUACUUAUUUAUAUCUCAUUACAUUAACAUUCAUGCAAUUUUAAUGUAUUUCGUUCCGUGUUUUAUUCUAUUCUUUGCUCUAACGAUACCUUUGAAGAUAAAUUAAAAGAAAAACUAAUUGGCAUUCCUGAGUAGAGAUAUUUUUUUAAUAAGCAAACAGUUAUUUAUGUCCAUAAAGAAAAAUAACGAAACAUUAAAUGUAGGGUGUUUUACACAAUUUUUUUUUAAAUCAUGUACUUACCAUUUUUUUUAUUUUACUCGUAUCAUUCUCUGAUGUAAACUUAGACAGAGAAGUAAAUAGACGGAUAGAAAACAUCAAUAUAAUAUGGCGAUACGGAUUCGAUAUUUUAUGAAUGAUAUAGUUAGUAGCAUCAAGUUGUUACAAAUUAAAAACGAAACCAGUAACCAGUUGUUCGAAAUUGAAUGAUGAGAAAAUUGUAUCGUUUAGUUUGGUUAUGGCAAAUCGUAUAUUAUCUUUCGACUUACAACGGCACGUAAAUCAGUUUACGUUCACUUCCCUGUCUAUGGAUGUUACGAAUGGAGUGUAAAUAGAUGUAAUUAUUUGGAGGUUAUUUUGAAAUAUAACCUUAUUAUCUCGUGGUACAACCAUAUAUGGUAAAAGGAUAUAAUUAUGCCGAUUUAGCAGAGCGUCAAUAACUCAACGGUAAAGCGGUCAGGCUCAUCAUCGAAGUGUGGUGGUUCGUCCCCGCCCCGUUUACACUAUUGUCGUACCUACUUACCUACGUACCUUACUACUCUUACCCAUGCCAUAUUUUUUUACAAUCCCAGCUUGAAAUGUGUCAUCUUAUAAAAUGUAACUGUCGUAAUAUAUUUAGUUGCACAAGUAGGUAGUAAAGUAGUGGUGCCGACUUAGUUGUAUAUAAAUUCUAAACUGACACUUUUAACUUACACUAACGGCUUUACUUGUGAAAAUUACACGCCCAUAGCAGCUUACCCCUUUCCAGAUGUCAAGGUCUUGUUCUAUUCAAACCCGCCUGUACUCAUUACAAAACGUUUACUUGAAAACAUAACCAAAUUUCAACUAAAUGUUUAUUUUACCUCAUCUACUGUGCUCUUUUAAAUUCACUUGUCUUAAACUCGUGCUCAAUGCAAUCGCCUGUCAAUUUUUUAUUCAAGAUAUACAAAGUUUUUAUUUUCAAUUUAUUUAACUAUAAUAUAAAGGGACCGAUGACGUGCAUGGCUGACGCCUGCCAGGUCGUGGCUAUUGCCCUUAUGAUGCUAAAAAUCAUAAGUGUACAAAUUAUCCUUACAGAUAGUCCGUUACUCGCAGGGUUCAGUAGCUCUUAGACAAAUAUAUACAAUUAAUUUGGCACCAGUAAGUCACUGUAGUCAAAUCUCUAAUCUAAUUUAACCUGUCUCAAAAUAUCAUUUUCUAAAUGUUUUUUGUAAUGGAUAGAGAAUAUAUUUUUAGGUUAUUUCAGAGAUUUGUGUGUGCAGCUUCACCAGAAUUAUAAAAAAUCUUGAAUGCAGAGGGCGCUACAAUCACUUUUUUCUUAUUUAACCCUAUACGAAAAAAAUGUUGUUGUGCAUUUAAUGGCGAGGUUUUUUAUCUUUUGGUCAAGAUAUAACUUAUUAAGGGCAUAUUUAUGUAUUUAGAUUAUAAUAGUUAAACGGUUGUUCGUAAAGCCGUCCUGCGCGGUUGUAAACAUGUGCGUUGUAUAGAUGCCGUCUAUUCUUUGCCCAUUAAGUUUUUGUGCCAAAGUUAGACAACAAUGAAAUUGUUCAAUUUUAACUCACUGUCCUUGAAGAUCUUUAUUUAAUUUCAUUCUUACCUUAAUUAUACAUAUUUUCGAGCCAUACAAAAAUGUAUUGUCUCGUAAGACUAAGUAGGAUUUUUAUUUAUGUAAUUUGUAUGUUUAUUUGUAUAAAUUCGGGAUGUUAAAAUAUAACAGAUAACCCUCUGUUACCAAUUACUUUAUAAAUGUUUUGAUGUCCAAUCACACAGAUGUGGUAGUAACUUUGUAAACUUAUGCAGCUAUUUCGAUUUUAUCGACAAGUAUAGAUAUUCUAAUGUAGGUAUAAUUAAUGAUUGGCUUUGAUUGUAAUAGUAGUAUGGUGUUAUGACAAGUGACGUUUCUUCGUGAAAGGGGCGUCAGUAUUUUUUUUCUAAUAGUGGAAUCAUAGACGUUGUAGGGGCACCCCCAGGGGAUCAUUUGUGUUGAAUUAUCCUCUAUUUGUUUAAGAAUUUGACAAUGAGCGUAUAAAUAAUCCCCUGGGGGUGCCGCUGAUGGGGAGUUACCUCUCAGAAUAAGAAGGUUAGGCCAAUUAGUACACCUCGUUGGCCCAAUGCGACUUCACACACAGGGAAUUAAGAACAUUCUCAGGUAUGCCGGUUUCUUCACGAUGUUUUUCAUUCCCCGUUUGAGACACGUGAUAUUUAAUUUAUUAAACUUAAAUACUAAUAUAGCCAAAGCCAAAUAUUCAUUAUACAAUAGAAUAUCAAUACACUAAUAAAAAUUUAAACAUUAUACUAAUGACACUAAAUAUUCAUACAGUGUACAAUAUAUUGGUGUAUUCAGCUGCAAAAAUGGAAAAUAAAUGAUGAUUGAAUUCAAAGUAAAGUUAUGUCCCAUAACGGUAAUAGCAGAUUGUAUGGUGAUUAGUAGCUAAUAAACUAGGUAUAGUCGGAUGCAAAGUUUAUGACGUCAAGAAAAUAAGCUACGCGCAAAGUAUGCGUUAGGCGACGUGACGGCGGAUGGGUAGGUGGCGCGCGCGGGGUGAUGCCCUUCCGCCGCGCCCGUACUUUACCGCUGAUACCUAAAACCUUGUAUUACGCAUCAUAACGCACGAUGAACGUCCGAUAAAGUUUGCAUUGUACUGUGCAACGCACUUUUGGAUUAUAUAUUUAAAUUAAGUUUUGUUUUGAUAGUCUUCCUUGAACAUGCAUCUGUACCAAAGAAUAUAGCUGUUAAUAUAAAGUACAUUAAAUAAUGUAAUAAAUGUGUAAAACUACGUAA